UAUACGAGACCAAAAGCAGAGAGAAAUGUUAGAGAUGUCCAAUAGGGUUACAUUAUACAUCUCGAAGCGUCUCUGGCCGAUAACCGACUCGAGACUCAUAGUGAUAACAAGUGACAUAGUACAAUCCAUGCAGAUAAGGGCAAGUAAGGGAACUGUUAAGACACGUAGUUCAAAGUGCUAGAUAGUGUGUUUUUCUUCCGUUUCGUUUUGAGACGAUUCCACAAGAGCAGUCAGUGUUUGAGUGUUGAACAACGUGGAAGUGACGGGCAAAGAUGGCAUUGUGUACGUACGAUGAACAGAGCCGCACCUGGUACGGUAUCCAGAUGGUAUCGAUCUACAAUCCAAAAGCGAACGUUGGUGAGAUCCUGAACCAUAUCCUGCUUCGCACACCCGAUCGGAUUAUGCAGAUCGAUAUGGAUACGAACAAUCGGAUGAGUUGUACCGAGUUUCGGACGCGAAUGAUUCGUUUUGUACAGAACUUAACGGACGCAGGUUUGCGUAAAGGUGACAUUGUGGCCAUGGCAAACGGAAACAGUGAGAAUGUCGCUCCAUUGGCAUGCGCCCUGAUGACAAUCGGAGUGCCCUUUAAUCCGUUGGCACCGGGAUUCAAUGAGGAGGAUAUGGCACAUAUGAUACGUCUCACGGAACCGAAAAUGAUAUUCUGUGAUGAUGAUAACGUGGAGGUAGUUUGUAAGGCCGUCCGUACCGUGUUUGCUGACGAUCGACCAAUCUACGUAUUCGAGAGCUCGCGCUCCAACGUAAAACACGCGGAAGAUUUGCUGAAACCAACUGGUCGGGAGGAACAAUUUGUACCACCGCAUCUGGGUGAUUCGCACGAGCUUCUAUCGAUGAUAGUCUGCUCGUCAGGCACCACUGGACCACCGAAAGGUGUUUGCGUGACGCACGCACAGACGAUCGCCACAAUUGGUUCCUAUCCCUUAGCAAAGCCAAUGACGGUAUUCAACUUCAGCCCACUUUACUGGGGUACAGGGGUUUACAUGCUGCUCAAUACGUUCGCAGGAACCUCAACGCGCCUAAUCACGCGCCGUCCGUUCUCGGAGGAAGCGUUCUUCGAAGCAGUGGAGAAGUUUCGGGCCAACUUCGUGUUCAUGCCACCAUCGUAUGCCAGUCAGAUCGCACGCCACGAGCGUGCGACACAGGUGGACUUCUCCAGUCUACGCAUGCUAUCGUUGGGUGGAAGCUACGUCUCGGAGGCAUUGCGCGAUAAGCUCGACCAACUGCUUCCAAAUGGGCGCACGUACAAUUCGGUUGGCACCUCGGAAAUUGGAUGGGUGUCGUGUGACCUUGCCAAACGGAAGCCCGGCUCGGUCGGAACUCCAGCAAUUAACAUAGCCAUAAAGAUUGUAGACGAUGCAGGAAACGAUUUGGGAGUCGGUGAGAAGGGCCAUGUAUUGAUUAAAGGUUCCGAACCGUUCAUUGGGUACUACAAGAACGAAGCGGCCACACGGGCGACAAUCGAAGAACGUGGUUUUACACGCUCCGGAGAUGUGGGUUACUUCGAUGAGGAAGGAUAUUUGUAUUUGAUCGAUCGAGAGAAGGACAUCUUCAAGUACCGCGGGUUUCACAUCUCUCCAAGUGAACUGGAAGCGAUCGUUGUUCAAAUUGAGGGCGUUUUGGAGGUUUGUGUCGUUGGAAUUCCGGCAGACGAAGAACAUACGACCGAACUACCAACAGCAGCGGUCGUGCGAGUAGCUGGAAAUGCUCUCAGUGCAAACCAGGUGACGGAGAUUGUCGAUCGAAAAGUUUCGGAUUUUAAACGACUCCGGGGUGGAGUUUAUUUUUUGGAUCACUUACCGAAAACACAGAGCGGAAAAAUUUUGCGCCGUAAGGUACUAGAGAAGGUUUUACAGUUGGUUGAGGGCAACAAUGUAGAUGCUUGAAAAGAAGGCUUUUAAAAACAUUACUAUGUCGUUAAUGGAAAUUAACUCAUUAAAUAAAGCACUUUACUUCAUUUGAAAAA